UCUAUCAUUGAGAGGCAAGCUCAAGGUAUUUUCAUACCUGUGGAACAGAAAACCGCGCCUCUUCUCUACCAACCAGGUUCAGGGAUGGGAGGGAAGGAGGGAUUGCCUGACUCCAUCCAUCCACCGUUGGUACCAAAACAAAAACAGAGCAUGGUUUCGUGUCGACUUGAAAGUGAUAAAAGAUGAAAAAGGAUACUAGUUUUGAAGAAACAAAUGGCACGUCGUCCAUCACUGACGAAAAGGCUAAUUUAGCGGAGCCCAAAGUGAGUCCAAGCAAUAUGGGACGCUAUAUCUACAAUUCGAAGACAAAUGAGAUGUUCGGACGGACAUUCUCGAGUUGGAUCCGGUUGGUGGCAUUCUCCUUAGUGUUUAUCGUUGUUCUCACAGUGUUCUGGGCCAUUUGCCUGUGGGCAUUCUCCCAAACCAUGGACAAUUACACACCCAGACUUCAAACGUCCAUGUCCUACAUUGGCCAAAACCCCGGCCUCGGGUAUCGCCCCAUGAAAAACGACGAAGACCCGUACUCGUCGCUGAUCUGGUUCCGGCAUGGCGGAGCCGGAAACUGGGGCGAUUUGAAGGCAAAUCUGGACUAUUUCCUCUCCAAAUAUGAACCAGGGUCGUUCGCCAAUGCUGGAGCUUCCCAAACCAAGUGUCAUUGGGAUCGAUCUCCGUUGGAGAGACAAGAGGCGUGUGAGUUUAAUAAAGAGUGGCUGUCCGAUCAAGGCAGCGACAUCAAGUGCAUCUCUGAGGAGAACUACGGUUACUACCACGGGAAGCCAUGCAUCUUGCUCAAACUAAAUAAAAUAUUCGGAUGGUUCCCCGACCCCUACUACAACGUCACAGAGGUGGAAAACCAUCCGGACAUUCCGGACUCGUUGAAGAACCAUAUUCGGUCCACGUGGGAAGAGAACUGUCGAAACAAAGGCCCAGAGAAAGAGGAGCGGUGCCCGCAAUUAAACAUGGUUUGGCUUGAUUGCAAUGGUGAAGAAGAUCCUGACAAAGAGAACAUUGGCGUGGUGAGCUACACCCCUUGGAGGGGAUUUCCUGGGUAUUUCUUUCCCUAUUGGAACCAGUUGGGUUACCUACAGCCGGUAGUGAUGGUUCAGUUGAAGAACCCCACUCCUGGCGUGCUGAUCAAUAUUGAAUGUAAAGCGUGGGCCAAAGGUCUCGAACACGAUCGAACUCGCCGACGAGGGCUGGUACAUUUCGAGUUUCUCAUGGACUGAAUAAUAAAUGUGAAUAACUGUG